UGAUAGUGUUUUGCAACUUUUUAUUACCAUUUACUUUGAUAAAGAUCGUAUAAAAAACUUUAUACUUAAAGAAAGUAAGAAUACAUUUUUCAAACUUAUUCUUGAUGUCGCGAGAAAUGAGGUACGAGUUUCCACAUACAAGCUCCGUACAUUAAUAUUACGUAGUAUUUUUGACACGUCAACAUUACGCAAUAAUUGUAAUUUAAUAAAUUGUGAGGUCACGGUAGCUUUUUUGUGUAGACGAUUAUUUGAAAAAUAUCCAUCUUUUGAAGAAGUAUCUAGAUGUAGUAGCGGUUGUCUCCCUAGGAAGAAAAUAUUACCCAUCGUACAAGUUGAACUGGAACAUCUAAAAAAUAAAGAAUUUACAACAAUGGAAAAUGCAACUUUUAUUCAAGGAAUACGACCGUGUUGCCAAGAGGGUUGUAAUGGCCAAGAAACAACAGUUGUUUCUUAUACAGGUCCUAUUAUUAUUCUUGAAGUAUAUGAUAUAUAUAAGGAGGAACAACAACUCGAGCUACGAAACAUCCCACAAGAGCUUAAGUUCUCUUUCAUGGAGGAAACAUAUAAAUUAAAUGGAGUGAUACAUUUUAAAUCUCCGAUUGUUCACACCAGACAAUUAACAGAGUUCAUAGGGCACUAUACGGCAAUAUCUUACCAUAAAAAUGGAAAAUGGUAUAAGUAUGACGACUGCAAGAAUUCGGAAUAAUUACUCCAAGAUAAUUAUAGCGCAUGCCCGCAUAUUAUUAUGUAUUCCGUAUCAUUAUAUUUAACCACUAAUUAUU